UGAAAUUCUAAACUCGGACCGAUGCCGGAAAUGUCAUUUGGAAGAUAAACAUCAUGAACAUGAAGUUUAUAAUGAUAGUUAUAUUGUUGCUGAUGAAUUCUUUCUGUAACGAUUGAAUUUAAAACAAUAUCAAACAUUUAUAUUUCAUAUCAAGAUUACGUCUAAGAAAAUGGCAUUGACAACCUUAAGUGUUCCGUCCAUGAUGUGUGGUGUAUCUGAAACUCUAUAUCAGUUCCAGCAAGAGCGUUACUUAUGUGACGUGCUUAUCUUCACAUCAGAUGGAUACAUACCUGCACACAGAGUUGUACUGGUAGCUGCUAGUAAACAUUUCAGGGAGAUUGAGUCUAGCAGGAAUAUUCAUACAACUCCAGAAGCUAAUUUUUAUCUUACAAAAGAGAAAAGUGAAGAUAUGCAAAAAAUUGUUCAGCUGAUAUACACAGGUGAAUUGAAUAUAUCAGGAGAUAAUAUGAAAAGAAUUCACAACUUGUGUUUGACCCUUUCUUUGGAUGAUGCAGUUAAAGAAUGUGAAUGUUUCAUAAAAUUAAUUGAAACCAGUGACAAUAUGUGUAUGGAACAAAGUGAAGCAGAACAUAACAAACAAGAAUCUGAAGAAAAAGAUUUAAGUUUACAGCAGUUAGAAGAAGAAGUUAUUGAUCAGUUAGAAGAGUCAAGGUCAAAUAAUAAUAAUGUUACUAUGGUUACAAAGGUUGAUGCUGCUAAACAAAAAGAAAAAGAUAGUAGCAACUCAGAUGCAUCUACCAACUGUCACAUUGAUGUUGCUAUGGUAACAAAUGAUAUAAACAUUGACAAGAAAUCAAAAUCUAAAGGGCAGAAGAGUAAAAAUAAAAAGUCUGAAGUUUUUGAAAAUAAUAAUCAAGAACAAAAAGCUGACGAGACUAAUAUAAAUGAAAAGAUGAUUAAUUGUGCCUUAUGCAAAGAAAAAUUUCAAGACAAGAAACUGCUGUUAGAACACAGAAGGAAAAAACAUCAAAAUAAAAGAAAACCGAUGCAUACAAAAAGAUAUAUUCCAAGUCCAAAUGACUCUUUAACAGAUAACGAAGACCAAGACCAACUAGAGGAAAAUUUAUCCAACGAUACUUUGUCUGAAAAAACUGAUGAAGAUGAGGUUUUGUCUACAAGGCAGGGUACAAAGAGAAGAGCAGCAGACAGGUUAAAUAAACAGAAAAAGGCAGGAAAAUUUGUUUGUAGACUCUGUAAAGAUGAAUUUUCAAAAAAUGAGUUAUUACAAGAACAUCGUAAAUUGAUUCAUCCUGGUGGCAAACGUGAAAAUUUAACUUGUACAUUAUGUGACAAAGUUUUGAGCACAUGGCUUAAUCUGAUAGAACACAAAUAUAAGAAACAUAACAUUGGAUAUGAUGUAGAAAAGUAUCAGGUCCUGAUGUGUGAUAUGCCUAAUUGCGAUUUUUCAACAAUUGUUGAAUACAAGAUGAGGACCCAUUACAGUGACGUACAUGGAGAAGUUGGAUCGUACGUGUGUGAACUGUGUAAUAAAGGAUGUAAAUCUGCUCCUCAGCUUAAAUACCACAUGAAAACAGUUCACCCAGAUGAUAAAACACAAAUGCAUUACAAGUGUAAUGAAUGCAGUAAAACAUUCAGACAUUCAUGUAAUUUGAAGAAACACAUCGAUUACGUUCAUUUGAAGAUAUCAGAUAAAAAGUACUUAUGUCAUUUGUGUACUUAUAAAUGUAUGAGUAAAACUGACUUAAACAACCACCUGCUGAAGAUACAUGAUAUACCAUUGCCAAAAUCUUGUAAAGUUUAUAAAUGUGAGAAAUGUGAUUACUUUACACUGACCAGAUCUUGUUAUGACAGACAUCAACAGUUGCAUCAAGAGGAUGGUUUACAGAAAAGUUUCAUGUGUUCAACUUGUGGUAAAGGUUUUUACAACAUACAGAAUGUUAAAGCUCACGAGAAAAGACACAAAUCAGAAAUUAUGGUAUGCCCAUUUGAGGGGUGUGGAUAUUCUACUAAGUUUAAACACACAAUGAAGAACCAUAUAGCAGGAAUGCAUACACAUAAGAAUCUGAGACCAUAUCAGUGCCAUCUUUGUGAAUAUUCCUGCAAGUUGAAAGGAAAUUUAGACAAACAUUUAAGAGGCAAACAUCAUGUUGAAGUCAUGACUAUACCUAAACUUAGACAAAAAGCGAUAGAAACAGGAAAAGGAUUCGGUGAUAUUGUAUUCCCACCACGAAACUGUAAUGAACUUCCAGCUAAGAUUGCUGACAAACAUCACUUCCAGACAACUCAGAAACCACAGGAAUUGCAGGACGUUAGUUUUCCAGAACUUUUGGAAAUGGCUAAGCAAGCAUCCAGAGAAGCACAGUUAGAAAAAUCACGAAAUGGUGAAAUGAUGGAUUUGAGUUUAGCAGGAAACCAGUCAACACAAAAAGACAAUGACUUAUCAUACCAAACAUCACAGAAUCCUGCUAUUAUUGUUGAUCUGCAACAAUAUCAGGAACCAGUCACCCCCGUUGCUAUGGAAACAGAAGGAUCAAGUUAUCAACAAGAACAAGAAGUUGCCCUAUCAAAUCUUAACCCAGUACCAAUAACUAUCCAUGCAAAUAAACAUUCUAAAGAUAUGAUAUUUACUCAUCCUAAUGAUUUACUCACUUCCUAUGCAGACCAGAAUGGGUUAUAUUUAAAUGAUCAUGCUGAUUAUUCAUCCAGACCAUUACCAGCUCACUCACAAUUCAAUUCAGCAGAAUCUUAUGCAGCUAUGUUGUCAUCAUUUCUUAGCAGCUCUAAAAAUGGAAGUCAACAGUCAUUGCCAAGCUUGUUGCCACUUACUGUGCAAAAUUAUCAGUCACAUGGCCAUGGCCAGAGCCGUCCAAUACUGAAUCAUUUAUUGACCCAUAUGGAUGAAGGUGGAUGUUCAUCUGGUCAAAGACCAACAUCUGUUCCUGCUGAAGAAACAAUGACCUUUACAUCACAGUUACGACCUCAUUCAGUGCAUUCAGUUGAUAAUGUGUCCUUUAGGAACACAGCUUACCAAGGUCAAGGUCAUUAUGAAACAAAUUUGUCUCCCUCUAAUAACUCUGUGCCAUAUCAACAGGACACUAGAUAUUCAUCUUCUUUACAACAUCAGUCUCCUGAUAUCCUUAUAGAGGGAGCCACAAGACAUUCUGGGUCAAGGUCACAAAAUAAUGGACAGUCUCCAGAAUUAAAUGUCUCUCCAGAAAAAAUAUCAAACAGGGACAGUCAUAACAGAAAUCAAGAGACCUAUCAAGAUAUAGGUCAAUUAUCAUAUAAUCAGCCAUGAAAAUAUUUAUACGAUAACGAUAUAUACUGUGGAUUCAUAAUUUUUUGUGAUAUACCAAUGUUUGUGGAUUUUUAAGUGAACCACAAAUUUCAAUACUAAACAAAGUAGGAAUAUUCUAUAAGCUUUUAUUUAGACAUAGGUAAAACCAAGAAAUCAAAUAUCCAUAAAAACAGGAUUUUUCAACAAUGCACUAAGAUUAGUAUCAAAAAAUGAAAUGAAUUCACAGUAUAAUGUGGAGUCAUUAUACAUGUUAUAAUUUGUGGGUUAUUACUUUAUGUGAAUUAUGUGGGUAAAGACAAAAACAUGGAUUUAAAUCAUCAACACAGUACAUUUUUUCUAUUAUACAGACUUUGGCAAAACCAUGAAAUCAACUAUACAUGAAAAUAAAAUUGAUCCUUAAUCCACAAAAAUUGGUAUAUAUGAAAAGAAAUGGAUCCAAAGUAUACAUGUAUAUGAUAUUUUACUGUUCUAUUUAGAGGAAGAAUGGGUCUUCAAAAUGUAGUUAUGAAACUAGUCAGUAACAAAAACAUUACACAAUGUUUUUUUUUGUCUUAAACAGAUUGAUUGUAAUUUUCUUGUUAACUCAACUUAAGAAUAGGACUUUGACAAAUAAUACCUAGAAAGAUUCAACUCCAGAUAAAUAGGAAUUUGUAUAUUUAGGUGACUGAGUGGUCUACAGUAGAUACUAGCCUGUCAACACUGAGGUUAUGCAUUCAUACUCUAUUAAAGGCACAUUCAACUUCAAUCGUAAUUAAUUAGGAUUGCCAGUUUUCAUUGUGAAGUGUUUGGUUCAUUCCAGGCUCUCUGGCUUUCUCAACAUCAAAAGCUUGAUGCCAUAUGAUAUAACAAACAGUGGUGAAAAUGGCAUUCAACACCAAUAACUAAUAAGUCAUAUACUGUGGAAUCUUUAUUAUUCGUUGUAUACUAAUUUUCAUAGAUUUUGUGGGAACAGACGAACCACGAAAUUAAAUGUUCAACAAAUAUUAAAUUUUCUACAGGCUUGUAAAGCAGAUUUCUGCAAAACAACGAAUUAAAUAUCCACGAACAUAUAAGUUUUCCUUUAUCCACGAAAAUUGGUAUCCAGGAAAAUUAAUGAAUCCACAGUAUCCUUCACAUAAUUCAAAAUUGAAUAUUAUUUCUUGAGAUUUGGUGUACACUACUUCAUAUUUAUUUUUUACAACGACGAUAAUAGAGCCUCUGCAUUUUAUUUCUUUUGAUUUUCUAUUCCUGGUAGAAUCAUGCUAGUCUUCUAGUCUUCUAGUCUAGCAAGAUGAUUGUUUUAAUAAUGUUUGACUCAUCUGCUGAAGUGACUGUUUAGUGGAUUUUAGGUGAAAUAUAAUAAAAUCAUAUAAGUGUUUGUUUAUAUCUUUGUUUAUAUCUUUGUUUAAACUGUUUGUUAAUGUCUUUUGUUACUUUAUACACUAUUUUUCUGCACGUUAUCAGACACAGUGGUCCACUUGUUUUUAUGCAUGUUAGUUGACACAGUUGACCAGUCAGUAGGUCAUGGAACCAUUUGUAAUCUAGUGGUAACUUGCUCAUCUCCAGACCAGAGGUUGAUGGGUUAGAACUCAAUGCCUUGUUCAAGCAAAGUCUGGUAGGCUUGACAUGCAGAGUAAUGUGUCUGGGUGUAGGUGACACAUCUUUCUGUGGACUGUUACUUUGUAAAGUAGUUGCUUAAAAAAUCUGUCUUAGCCUGUCAGUCUAGUACAAAACAAGAUUUAUAUUCAUAUCAAUUGAUGAAGGUUUUUUUUUUCAUCAUUUAAAUAGGGGAUGAAUAGAAUGAACAUUUUAGACAUACCAAAUCUUGUCAACCAAACAUUGCAACUUUUAAAUAUAAGAAAAGUAUUAAAAAAACAUUCAAACAUGAAUACAUUGUAUAAACUAUGAUUAGUAAACUGUAUCAAAGAUAGUGUGAUGGAGUUUAGUAGUUGUGUAUUUGAAUAUAAAACAGUUUGAUGUGUAAUGGAUAGUGUGAUACAGUUUGUCACAUGUUAUAUUAAAUUACAACUAAAUGUUAUGUUACAAAAAUUAUUUUUGAUGUAAUAAAGAUAAGGAGCAUGAAAUCAAAAGAAUGUAAAUAGUCAUUUUAUUUAAAGGAAUAUAUAUGGAUAUAUACUUAUUAUCUUCCAACUGGUGUUUUUUCCUUACAAAACAGAACUAUUUUUAUGUCACAAUAUCCUAGAAUGCUUUUCCCACAAUGACCCAAGGUGAACCAUGGCCUAUAAUUUCUUAAUUGAAAUUGGAAACUGUUGGAAACUCAUUUAUUGUGAAUCUUUGUCCUGAAUUCACCAAAAUUUGUUUGAAAAUAUCUUUUGGAAUGAACAUGAUUCCUAUUGAUUUCAUGAAAGAGUUUUGAAGGUCAUCUACAAAGAUCCUCUAAAUCUAGAAAAUCCUUUUAUGCCUUACCAAACUUUGUGGUAUAUCAUGCCUUGAGGUGAAUAUGACCCAAUUGAUUUUAAGGUCACUAGGUCAAACAUGUCACAGCAGCAAUGAAUCAGUUGAAAUUUGAAAAUUAUGUUUUGCUUUCCAGUAAUGAACAUUAAUUCUUUAUAUUAUAAUUUGUUAAAUACACUCAUGGUGCUUCUGCUGUUAUUUUGAAGUUUAGUAAUAAAAUGUACGAAAUAAUGAAAUAGUCUUACAGUAAAAAUGCAUGCAGAACUGACAUUUGCAUGCUUUUACAACGCCCUCUCAUUUUUUCUUCAAUAAAAUAAUAUAGCGUAACCAUAUUUGUAUAUAUUUGAAUUUUAGUGUACUUGCAGCAUUAUUUCUUCCCAUCUGAGAUAUAUACUUUUCACUGUGUAAUUUUAUUUAGUUUUCAGUUUUAUAGUAUGUAUCUUUAAACCUUAUUGCUUUUUAAUAUAAAAAAAUU